UUGCCUUUUUUAGUGUCUAGUGAACUCAAAUCUCUACAUAAGACUGAAUAUAGACAUCUACUCUAGAUCUAGAUCAGAUUCUAGAGUGUCCUAAGAACAUAUGAUGUAAGAGAUCUAGAACUGAUCUGCAUGAACUAUUAAUAAUAAAAAUGGAUCAAUCACAGGUUGCCAGGAUUUUAACUUCAUUGACUGACAAGCUAAAGUCAGCCAACAUAUAUAAUGAAUUUAUAUCAGACUUUGGUAAAUGCAGUACAGACCAUGAUAGAGUUGCCUGCCUCUACAAUUUACCCCAGGUGCAGGAUCUUUUUUUAGUUGAAGAAAAGUUCAAAAGCAAAUGCAAGAGAGAAGCUGAAAUUUUGCGAGGGAAAGGCAAUGAAAGGUUCAAGGCCUGUGACUAUGCUGGAGCAGUAGAGUGGUAUACACAGAGUAUUAUCAAGGCGCCAGAUGACUCUGAAAAUCUAUCACUUGCUUACAAUAAUCGGUCCACUGCAAAUUUUUACUUGAAAAACUAUGCUCAAAGUUUGCAAGACAUUGAACUUGCAUUUAUGCACAACUAUCCAUUGAAGUCUUGCUAUAAGCUGUAUCAGAGAAUUGGGCGCUGCAUGUAUUAUUUAUAUCGAAAGGAGGAGGCCAUCAAAGCCUUCCAGCAGACCAUUGAAGCGUUGGAGAUGGCUGACAUGCCGAAGGACAGCAAGUCUAACAUAAGAUCUGACAUGCACAAAGUUAUUGAGCAAUGUUCUUCCAUUGAUUCAAAGAUGGUGAACAUGCCUCUUAAAAGUUACAACUGCUGCCAUAAAGGUAUUCCUAAGCUUUCCAAGGCGAGUAUGAAAAUUCCUUGUUUAUCUGAUUGUGUAGAGAUUCGUCUGGACAGUUACGGUGGCAGGGGUUUGUUUGCUAACAGAAACAUUGAGGUAGGAGAGGUUCUUAUUGUGGAAACCCCGUUUGCAUCGGCUCUUCUAAAAGAGUUCAAUUUGUCGCACUGUCAGUUCUGCUGUAACAGGGUAAAGUUGCCCAUACCUUGUAAGUCUUGCAGUGGUGUCAUUUUCUGUUCAUUACAUUGCAGGGAGGCUGCCUGGCGAAAGUUUCACUGGGCAGAGUGUCACAUAUUAGAGAACAUUCAGAGUGACAAAGGAGAUUUAUCCCUUCUAGCGACUCGAAUGAUUCUGACAGCAGGGCUUGAAGAGAUCAUCAGUAUAGAAGAGUCUGAUAAGGAAGUGGAUAUCCUUAAUGCUGGCAUGGAUAAGGAUGGGGUUUAUGCCUCUGAUAAUUAUAAGUCUGCAUAUAGUCUAGUAAACCACAGCAAUGAUAGGACAGUUGCAGACCUUUUAAACCGGACAAUAUCUGCAUUGUAUCACUUGAAGUAUCUAGAGUUUGUUGGGUUUUUCGGUAAUGCUGACAUCAAAUCAAAGCCAACGAACAUUGCCUGCGAGGCUGAAGCUGAUUGCGAUCCUACUAGUAAUUCUGAUGAAACAUUGCAUAAAAAGUUCUGCGUAGGUGGACAUAUUCUCAGAAACAUUAUGAUGUUACCUUGCAAUGCUCAUGAAGUUUCAGAGUUUGCCUUAAACGAGUCCAACCCAGCCAUGUCUGCUACUAAAGAGUUAGCUGCAGGUGUGUAUCCUGUUUUGAGCUUAAUCAACCAUUCUUGCGACCCAUCAGUGGUGAGGCAUUCCUAUGGCAAUCUCUGCAUUGGAAGAGCCAUUCGAAGCAUAGCUGCCGGGGAUGAGCUGAAAGAUAAUUAUGGUGCUCUGUAUCCCACCAUGGAUCUUGAAAAGAGGCAGUCCACGCUCCAUUCUCAGUAUUUCUUUAAGUGUUCUUGUGAGGCCUGCCAGGGAGACUGGCCCCAGUAUUUUGAUAUCCAGUGUGACAGGCCAUUUUUCCGAUGCACCGGCUGUGACGGCCAUGUGCCUAUACCUCCUGGAAAUUUGACAGAGCAAGCCAGGUGCAUUGCGUGUGGUCAGCAGCAAGACAUCACUCAGACUCUUCUCCGCAUGGGGGAUAUGGAGGAGCCCUACAAGCAGGCAUUGACCUCUGUCAUCGACGGGGGCAACAGUGUCAGCAACAUCACAACUCUUCUCUCAUACCUGAAGUUUGUUGAGAAGCAUGUCCACAGACCAUGGAGAGACAUCAAUGAUUGUCAAGAAGCUUUCAAACAAUGUCUCAACAUGCAUGCAAAUUGUUACCCUGCCUAACUCCAUUGUUUUUUUUUUUUUACCUGAUUCUAAAGUGCAAUAAUUGUUUCAGAAAUAUUGUUACUUGGCAGUGCAUUUUAAACAUUUCCCAUCAAUUUGAUAUAAUUUCUCAAGGUUCAAAAUCAUGAUUGCAUCUUUCCUUGUAAAUCCACAAUUGACUUGGUUGUUUACACUUGCCUUGCCUGCUGAAUUGUACAUUUUAUAUGGUAACUAUUUUUCAACUUAUUCAGUAUUUCCUGUCUUCUUCUUCUUCUUCUUUGUUCUCAUUGUUAUGUUGGAGUGUUCAGAUGAGUAGACCAAUACAUGAGAUGAACUGCGCAGUGGUUUCCGAAUCAAGCUCUCCAUAUAGUUUCCUUUCUAUUGGGGUGAUUUGGGGCCAAUGUCUUAUACGGGCCUCUUGGUAUAGAGAGCAGUUUUGGAGGACGUGGUCUGCAUUCUCUGGUGAUACUCCAAAUGGGCAGAUUUCACUGGUUCCAAUUUUGAGCUUCCGGUACAUGUGUUUCCUGUCAAAUCAGCAUUUCCUCAAAUUUUCUUUUUAAGUGGCUGUAAUUUUAAUUAUAGGAUCUUCUUUUCAUUCACUUCUAUUUCUAUGCUCCUUGGCUACUUAAAUUGGUCAGAACAUUACAAUGGUUAGUAGGAUAAUAUAUUGAGACAAGUCUAAUUAGCUUAACAGUGGGUUAUCAAUAUAAUUUUAUGUCGAACUGAAAGCAAGCAAAAUGUUCACAUUAUAAAAUUACUGAACAGUUUGUUGUUAGCUGAAUUAUGCUAAACAAAUAUUGCACAAGUCUUUUUCCCAGCUGUUGGCAUUCAUUUUUGGUUGGCAGGUUACUUCGCAAUUCAUUACUUUAUGCAAUGCUAAUUAAGCCGUAUAAUCUUAGUUGACCUACUGUAUGAUUUAAAGCUAGCUACAAAUUUCUUCUGUUUCCAAUAUUGUGUUGUGUUUAUAAUUGCCAAUCAAAAGCAAUUCACCACUCUUCUAUUCAAAUGUUUACAAAGAUCAUUUCUUCAACAUUACAACAACAAAAAAAAAACAGCUGUUUGUCAAAUUUAUUUAUACAAGAAAAUAGCCUUUUUUUUUUCUGAUUUCCUGGCUCUGGUCUCCCCUAUUAAUAUCUUGAGAAAAAGGGUUUUCAUAGCAGUUGCAUUUUUUUUUCCAUAUCCAACUAAAAUUUGCAGCUGAUUCUUUAGUUUGAUUUAGUUGAAUGAAUUUUAGCAAUGUGAGUGAGACACAAUAACCUGACUAUAUUAAUAGAGAAAGAACUUGUUUUAUAAAACUCGGAAAUGUUUUUUUCUAUUUUGUAGAUGACAUGAUAUCAAUGAGCUUUAUUGAUUUGUACAUAUUUAUUAACAUUUAUGAAUGACGUUAAUACAAUGCAUGUGAACCCUGAACUGUGUGUGAGUAACAUAUAGAACAAAGAGGCUAUAUAUUGAAUGGCUUUUUACUUAGCAUACACUUAGAAAUUAUGAAGUUUUAUUCAACCUGCUUAUCAAUUGGUGUUUGCCAUUAUUCACAUAGUACAUUAACUGUUUAUUUGUGUAGUAUAUAGUUUAGUUUGGUGAGUUUUACUAUUGCCUGGUCGUGUGGUUUGCACGCUGGACUGUCGUUUGAAUUUAUCGAUGGUCCCGGGUUCAAACCCUGCCCGCUCCCAUUCCCCGCCGUCCUGCGGGAGAUUUGGACCAGGAAGUUAACCAUCUUCAACUCUGAAGGAACAUCUGAAACAUGUAAAACAUUUUACAAAACAUUUCAUGCAUCGUUUUUGGCUGUACUAGUACAGGAAAAGAUGAAAAUAUGAAUCUGCCUGCAGUAAAAAAAAAUGUAGUUAAUAAUUGGAUUUUAUAGUUGAAACUUUUUUGUCAAUCUUGACAUGUUAAACCAUGUUUUUUUUAUUUUUUUUAUUGAGUUUAAGUCUUCAAUCGUGUAUACUUUUUUUUUCUGUCAGUGAUGUGAUUUUAUAAGUACCUUUGACCUUUUUUUCCCUAACAAUGAAUGAUGAUAAGGUUCAUUGGUUUUUUAAUAUUAUGUGCAAUUACCAAUACAAUUUGUGUAUGAAAUACUUUUUCGAUAUAUAAUUUGAUAUUUAAAUUGAAAAGAAUACAAUGUUUUUCAUUAUAAACAAAAAAUUGUCAUCAUAAAAGAGACCUAGAUGACUUUAGUUGUAGCAAAUAUUACUUUGUAUAUCACAAAUAAUUUACUUUAUGAGAUCUCGGCAUUACUUAGGUAAUUGUUCUAUUUAAAAUGGUUAUUAACUAACUGAAUAUCAACAUGAGGUUGUUUUUUUUUUUCAAAGAA